CUGAAAAAUGUAGCAGAAAACAGCAACAGAAAAUGAGAAUAGCACAUUUUGUUUUUGCCUCUUGGCCAAGUCGGGCCUUUCUCUCCGUGAAAGUGAUAAGCCCACAGAAUUUUCUACUGAAGUAGUUCAGAAAAGCCGUGAUAAGCGUAGAAAUAUCCAAAUUGAUAUUUUCAAACAAAAAAAUAUAUAUUUAUAUGUAUUUAUCAACUUUGAACUUUGUCCUGUGUCCUGGUUGUGUGUUUUAUACUCUGAGAGUUGACUAAGUUUCUGUAAAUUUGGCAAGAAUAACCGUGAAAGUAAAAGUGUCGUGUUUUUUUCGCUCUUUUCCUUCUUCCUUGCCGGCAAAAAAACAGCAAAAACGGUAAAGCAAAUCAGAAAACAGAAAAAGACAAAAACCGGCGUCAUCACGUCUGUCUUGCCUCCGCGAAGAGGCGAAGAGAGAGAGAGAGCGUAAAGAAAAAUGUAAAGAACCGCCGAGAAUGUGUAGAUGAGAGAUAAGCAAUAGAAGCAAUUUUUGAUACUUAAAAAUUCUACACAAUAAAACACAAAAACUCAGCUCAGGUAACCGCAAAAAUAGACUGCAAAAGGAGGAGAAAAACCAACGAAACACUUUUUGGAAAUAUUUUGUAUACACAAGAAAAUCCCAACUUUUGGGCGUCCUAAAGUUUACAAUAACAAAAAAAAAAAAACAAAUUUUUCAAAAUGCCGCUCCGACGUAGCGGGAAAUAGGUCACAAUAGACACAGUAACCUCAACGAUCUGAUCGAUCCGAUUGUACAUCCUGAACCCUCUAUGGCGCCGCGUCGCAACAGCAAUAUUAGCGGCAAUCCUUCCCAGCAGCAGCAUCCACAGCAGCAGCCACAGCUCCAGCUCCCGCUUCCGCAGCAGCAGCAGCAACAGCUUCUCCAGUUUUUCACCGAAAACAGCAGCAGCAGCAUCAAUCCUUCGUCCAGCAGCAGCAUGGCGCCCAUGCAAUUGAUGCAGGGCUCCAACGUGCAGCUGGUGCGCUGCUGCUACCCGAGCGGCGAGUGCCGCAAGUUAGAUGCCCUGAUCGGCCUCACUGAGAUGUCGCUGGCGGAGUGCGUCCGGGUGCUGUGCAACAAUGAGAACUGUGGCGCGGGGCAGUACAUGCACCGCGAAUGCUUUGAAGUGUGGGAGGCGGGCGUUUUGCAGACGCUCAAGGCGAGUGGGCGGGCGCGCAGCUGGUCGGAGCGGCAGAGGGCCCAGCACCUUUGGACGAAGAAGGGCUACGACCUAGUCUACAAGGCCUGCAGCUGCAAGUGCGGUCGCGGACAACUUCGAAAGGAUCUCGAGUGGUCGGUGCCUGUCUCCAAUGGUGGUCUGGUGUUCCUCAAUGGGAAUGGAAGUGGCGGAGGACGUGGCUCCAUGAAUGGAAACCUUAGCGAGGACGAUGACAAGAAGAAGGCCAAGAAGAAGCGCAAUCGCAAUGGAAACAGCGGAAACUCCGGAUCAGGAGUCGGGAGCCAGAAGAACGGAGUGGGAGUGGCUUUGACCCCACUAAGCACUAACAAUAGCAAUGGGUACGGUGGAGGCUCCAACGGACUCACCCCGAACCCCAAUGUGGGAGUGAUCGGAUCCGGGCUGCCGCACAACAGCAACAACAGCAAUGGAAACGCGAACGGUAACAGUGGCUCCUCGGAGGGGAAUGGCUUGCAGCCCAGUGUGGUGGCGACCCUGAGCAACAUCCUGAAUCCGAACAAUGUCCUGGGCCUCGAUCUCCGUGCCCGGGCCGGUAGCCUCUCGUCCAGCGGCGCCGGCAGUGGCUCCAGCUCCCCCUCGGCCUCGCAGUCCAGCGCCGACAUAUCGCUCUCGCCGGUGCAGCAGCUUCUCCAGCAGCAGCAGGCUUCCUCGCUGAUCAUGCAGCCCAUGGUGGCACCUUCAACUACGGGCAAUAGCACCCUCCUCCUCCAAAACGGUCUUGGGCUCUCCAAGAAUCUGCUAUCGCAGCCCCAGGCGCUGCCCGCCGUGGCUAACAUCAGCAACUUCAAACCGUUGGUCACCUACGAGCAACAGCAGCUAGUGCAGCAGCAAAAGAACAAGGAGGUAGAGCUCUACUCGGAGCGUGUGCGCUCGACAUCUGGUUGCAACGGCAUCUUCUCACGUCGCUUGGAUUUCUCGGCGUUCAAUAAGCUGCCAAAUACGCGUUUGAAUUCUUAUCAAGUCAAGAUCGAGGACGAGGGCAACCAUGGAAACGACGAGACGCGUCUCUUCAUCCUAUCAUCCUUGGCUACGUCGCAUAUGAGCCGUGUGUCCUGUAUUCUGUGCGAAGAGCCCCUGCUCGUGUUCGACCGCUAUCCCCUGGUCGAUGGCUCCUUCUUCCUUAGCCCCAAGCAGCAUUCCAGCGGCUGUAUCGAGGUUAAAUACGAGGGACGCACGCUAUACUUGACCUCUGUGUGCAUGAGCUGCCUGGACGGAACCUCCAGCAGUCGUCUCAUCAGCUGCAGAUUCUGCAAGGAACCCUGGGAUGGAUCCAGCCUGGUUCUCGGCACCAUGUACGCCUACGACAUCUUCGCGGCCAUGCCCUGCUGCGCCGAGAGGUUCAAGUGCAAUAACUGCUUCAAAAUGCUGAUGCAUCCCCAGCAGCGGCUGAGCUUCUACAGCGACUACUCGCAUGGGGUGACAUGUCCCUACUGCAACACCCAAGACACGCACUUCGUCAAGCCGCUGAGCUUCUGCUACGCCAAGAGCUCCGCGACACGGUUGCCGACGCUCGCAUAACAUGAGGCCCCGUUGGAGCCUCCGGCAGGUACGGCAGCCGCAGUAGCAGCAGCCAGUGCCACAGGUGCUCCAACGGCCUCCUCGACGGCGAAGCAGCCUAUCUUCAAUGCGGCCAUCGACUACUCGGCCCCACUGCAGCAGCAGAUCAACCCGGACCUGAUUGGCGCCCAUCCCCAUGCCCAGCAGCACCAACAGCAGCAGCAACAGGGGAGGCAACAGCAGCCGCCACAGCAGCAAAUACAUCAGCAGCCGCAGCACCAGACAGCUCCUCCCCAAAGGGGCAGCGAGGGAGGGAAUUACCGCAUGAACAACUUCCACCAUCAGCCGCAGCAGCAGAAUCAGCAGCAGCAUCAGUCUGCUCCAACUCCAACUUCGAUUGAAGCUCCUCAGAAGGUGAGCAGCUACCAACGCAACAUCAUUUCCAUGAAUGAUGUUUUGAGAGAGUACCAGCAGCAGCAGAAGCAGCAACAUCCGCAGCAACAGAUGGGGAAUGAUGCAGGUGCCCUCCUUUUGACCAACGGCACCGCCAUCAACAACCAUUCAAGCCAAUCCGGCGUCGGCAGCAGUAUUAGUAACUUAUUAAAUAGCCAUAAUUCAAGCAACAACAGCCACAAUCAUCAGACCAACAACAACAUCCAGAAGCUGAACGGGGCCUGGGGACAGACGGACACCAUAUCCGCUUUGUGGGGCUGCAGCAGCAGCAGCGGCUGCUCCUCGGGCAGCGGCUCACAACCGUCGCUCAGCCCCACCGCCAGCAGCCACAGCAAGGAGACGCUGCUGUGGACGGCCCAGACUUCGCCCAGCAGUCAACACCUCAGGGACAGCGCCAGCUUCAAGGAGCUGCAGCCACAUGCCGCUUCGCCGACAGCCUCGUUGACCAGCUCCUCGGGUGCCUCAUCCACCUCCGGCUGCUCUACCUCGAAUGGCUGGAACACCAGCGCCGGUGGUGGCACACAUUACGGCAAGCCCAACAUCUGGGAGCUGCCCGGACAGUCGGCGCAACGCCUCCAGGCCCACGACAUCUUCACCGAUCUCCUGUCCAACCUGAGCAUCAGCCAGGACAGCGGCAGCCACAGCCAAAGCCAGAGCAGCCAGACCAAGGCGGAUGCUUCAGACGUCAGCUCUAACUCGUCCUCCUCCGCGGGGGAGCUUCUGGAAAUGGGCAACAUCUGGCGGCACAGUGUCAGCGGUCUGGGGGGUCGCCAUGCGGCGCAGGUUAACACCUAUCCCCAGAUCUACGAGGAGCCAACAGGAGGCGCCGCUUGCAUGCAGCUCUUCAACGAUUAUCUCAACAUGCACUAGAGUAGUGCGGAGAGGAGCAGAGGAGUAGCGGAUGGAUAACGAUUGUUACUCGUGAGAAAUGUAACCCUAGAAAGAGUAAGAACAGAGCGAAUCGGAGAUAAGAAAAGAGCAACAUUUUAUGAAAAAUCUAAAUAUCCAACAAAUUUUUAGAGCAAACUUGAAACCGAAACAAGAGUUGAAGUUUUGUUUGUUGUUUGCGAUUAGUUUUAGAUCGUCAUUUGAUUUUAAUACACCCACACAGGCAAACAUUUUUACACACCUUUACACAUAUAAUAACUCCUUCACUGAGAGAAAACAAUGCAAACUAAAAAAAAUUUUUUUGUUAUUUUUGUUGAGUUUUGUUUAUUUCUUUUAUACAAAAGCAAUUUUUAGUU